AAAAAAAGUGUAUCAUUUAAAUAGGACAACUAUCAAUAACCAUAAAAAAAUAGGCAAUUAAAUUGGUACCGGUGUGUUCAUUAAUGACUCCAACAACCCAGCCAUAUAAUAUAAUACACUACGCGUUAAGGGCAAUAGCUUCAGCAAUGCUGUUGUUCCUCCAUGAAGGCCACGCAUCGAUAUGGAGGACUAGACUAUAUACAGUAGAUAUUAUAUUAUAUACCAUAUUGUAUAUAUAUAUUUAUUUACAAAUAAAAUUUAUACAAUCAAGUAAUCAACUCCUGUGACUUGCCUCCUUCCUAUCUCUCUGUCAAUCCACUUCCCUCUUUAAAAUUGGGAUAUUAUUCCCAGUAUCGAUAGUGAUCGAAGAGGAUGGAGCACUUUUGACGAUCACUGAGUAAAGCCCAGCUCCCAGUUUCAAGAUUUUGCAUUUUGGUUGGGAAAUAAAAAAAAAUUCUUCUGAACUCCAUCCGUCCCUGUUAUUCAUUUUGUUCAAGGCGCACAGAUUUUGGAGUUCUCAAUCAUCAUGCAGUGAUCUCAAUUACUUUAACUGGUGGAAUAGAGCCAGCUCAAUUCACAACAGCUGAGGAAUAUUGCAGGGACAAUUUUUGGUAGAUAAAAUGGAGAAAACUUAUCGAGCUCGUGUCAUGGUGUUUCCUUUUCAUGGACAAGGCCACAUUAACCCAAUGGUCCAAUUUGCUAAACGUUUGGCGUCAAAAGGAGUCAAAGUCACCAUAGCUACCACACUCUCUAACACCAAGACUAUGCAAGUUGGAGAUGGCUCAAUCAAGUUUGAACCAAUAUAUGAUGACUGCACUGAAGGUGGCUUGGGAGGACAAGGAGGAUUCAAGGGAUAUCUUGAGAGGUUUGAAGCGAGUGGCUCGCGGAACAUAGCUGAACUGAUCGGAAAACUAGAGAACUCCGAGUACCCUGUUAAGUGUCUGGUAUAUGAUGCCAAUAUAUUGUGGGCUCUGGAUAUAGCCAAGCGACUUGGGAUAGCCGGGGCUGCAUUUUUCACUCAGUCAUGUGCUGCUAUUGCUUGUUACUACCCCAUGUAUUACGAGUUAUUAGGUGAACCAUUGCCCUUGCCUGCUCUCUCGAUACCUGCACUGCCAGAGUUUAGAAUUCCCAACUUGCCUUCACUUGGUUCUGUCACAGAACGUUAUCCCCCAAUAAUACGUCACAUAUUGAACCAAUUCAACAACAUUGAUAAGGCAGAUUGGGUUCUUUUCAACUCUUUCCAUAAGUUGGAAGAAGAGGUGGUGAAAUGGAUGUCAAAUCUCUGGUCUGUUGGGUUAGUUGGACCCACAGUGCCUUCUGUUUACCUUGACAAGCGAGUGGACAAUGACAACGACUAUGGCUUCAAUCUUUAUGAGCCAAACGCUGAUGCCUGCAUGAAGUGGCUGGACACUAAGGGGACUGGGUCUGUUGUGUAUGUUUCAUUUGGGAGUGCUGCAAAUUUAAACGAGGACCAGAUCGCCGAAAUGGCAGCUGCGCUGAGGCAAAACGACGACGACAACAGCAACAGCUUCUUGUGGGUAGUGAAGCCAACCGAAGAGAGCAAGCUCCCUAGUAAUUUCGCGAAUGAGAUGUUGGGAAAAGGGUUGGUCGUGACAUGGUGCCCCCAGUUGGAAGUGUUAACCCAUCAUGCCGUGGGAUGCUUUGUAACGCACGCCGGAUGGAAUUCGACUAUGGAGGCAAUCAGCUUUGGGGUACCAAUGGUGGCAAUGCCGCAGUUCUUAGACCAAAUUACUAAUGCACAUUUUGUGGAGCAUGUUUGGGAAGUGGGAGUAAAACCCAAGGUGGAUGAGAAAGGACUUGCUACUAGAGAAGAAAUCCAACGAUGCAUCCGGGAAAUUUUGCAUGGAGAGAGAGGAGAAGAGAUCAAGAAGAAUGCCAUUAAGUGGAAGGGGCUGGCCAAGGAGGCAGUGUGUGAGAAUGGGAGUUCGGAUAAGUAUAUUGAUGAAAUUAUUGCUCGUCUUGUGCCCACCUAAUUACUUGUUUUUAAAGUCUCAGAGAUUUCUGGGUUUUUCUUUACCGGGACCUUUUUAAGUACUGGCAUACUGAGCUACAGAUUCAUGGGUUGAGUAGUCCUAAUUACAGCAGCCUGAUUCUUGUUUGACAAUGCCCCAUUCUGAGUUAUUUGAUUUGUUACUUUUGCUAAAGAAUUGUAUUCGAAUAAGAACUCUAUUUAUCGAGUAUUCGAAUUCAAAAGUCAACCCUUAAAA